AGACUAUAUAUUUUUAAGUACUUGGGCUUGUACAAGACGAUGAAGCCGCACUUCAUUGUAAAAUUAUCAGUUUUAUACAAUUGUCAAUGUUUAACGAUGCUUUACAAAUCAUCAAUAAAUAUCCAAAGUUGCUUCCAAAAUUGGAGUUUGAGAAAGCCUAUUGUCUGUAUCGUUUGAAUCAAGUUUCGGAUGCUUUCAGAAUUAUUGAUAAUAUUCAGAAUCCGUCCAUGAAAGUGAAGGAACUUAAAGCUCAAAUACUUUAUCGCUUAGAGAAGUACGAAGAUUGCUUUGCAAUUUACCGCGAUAUUAUAAAAAACACAAACGACGAUUAUGAAGAUGAGAGAGAAACAAAUCUUGCUGCUGUAAUCGUUUACUUAGCAUUAGAAGGCUCUAAAACAGAAAUUCCUUCUUUAAAAAAACAUACGUACGAAUUAACAUAUAAUGACGCGUGUCAUCUUAUUGCAAAAAGUAAUAAUGGUGAUAAAUCUAACUUAGCGAAAGCCGAGAAAAAAUUAAAUUUAGCAGAAAAAAUGUGCCAUGAUUCUUUAGAAGAAGAUGGUAUGACAGAGGAAGAAAUAGAAGAUGAACUUGGUAUAAUAAGAGUUCAACUUGGCUAUUGUUUACAACUUCAAGGACGUGAAAAGGAAGCGCAAGCAUUAUAUACUGCAGCUCUUAAAAAAAGGCCGGAUGAUAUUGCUUUAGUGGCCAUAGCGAGUAAUAAUGUUGCCACUUUAAAUAAAGAUCAAAAUGUAUUUGACAGUAAAAAACGAAUGAAAAGUGCUACGCAGGAUGGUUUAGAACAUAAAUUAACAUCGAGACAGCGAAGAAGUAUCGCAUAUAAUCAAUGUUUGCUAGCACUUUAUACUAAUCAAGGAGAGCAUUGUCAAUCAUUGUGCAAGAAAUUUAUCAAGGAUUAUCCCGAUAUGAUUGUAGAAGCAGUACUCGUACAAUCUAUUCAAUUAGCAAGAGAAGGAAAAGCUAAAGAAGCCGUAAAAUUGCUUGACGAGUACGCUCAUGCCGAUAAAUAUUUGCCAAUAAAAUUAGAUUGUAUACAGUUGCUUUUAAGCAAUGGUGAAAGAGAAGAAGCCAUAAACAUAUUAGAAAGUUUAACCGAAACUGAAAAAUCAUUACCAGGAAUAGUCAGUACACUUGUUACACUUCAUAUGGCUAACGGAGCAAGAGAUAAGGCUUCAACCGUUCUUAAAAGUGCUGUUAAUUACUACAAAAAGAAUAAAGAAAGCACGGGUAAUCUUAGUAAAUUAUGGCGUCAAGCGGCAGAUUUUCAUUUACGUGGCGGUGAAGUUAGCGUUGCUGCUGCAAGCUUAGAAGAACUUUUAGCCGCUUCGCCUUCUGACACAAAAACAUUGGCCCAAUUAAUUAUUGCCUAUGCCCAAUUCGAUCCAUCAAAGGCACAAAGUUUAUCCAAAAGAUUGCCUUCCUUACACGAUUUAGCCGAAUCGACGGAUGCCGAUGCCUUGGAAAGUAGUAAUUGGGUAAUCGGUAUAAAAGUUGUUAAAAGAAAAGUCGAACCUUCACCAGGAAAGCCCGAAGUAAUGGAAAAAAAACGCAAAAAGCGCAAACAUAAAGGAAAAUUACCUAAAAAUUAUGAUCCAAAUGUUCAACCAGAUGCAGAAAGAUGGCUACCAAAACACGAACGAAGUGGAUUUAGGAAAAAGAGAGAUAGAAGGAAUCGCGAUACUGUUAUGAAAGGAACUCAAGGAGCUGCAACAGGAGCUAGUGACCAAUACGACAUUACUAAAAUGACAAAUGCUAAACCAUCUCCAAAUCCGCGACAAAAUCCAGUAACCGAAACAUCAGGACCUCGACAACAGCAGCGUAAGGUUCAGCAAAAGAAAAAGAAAAAAGGCGGUAAAUGGUAAUUAAAAGAUGGUAAAAACCAUUGGUUAAAGUGUUUUAUAUGUAAACAAAUCGUACUAGCUGAAUUAAUCAUCUGUGCUGCUGUUAAAUUUGUACUUUUACAAAAUACAUUUAUAUAAAUACUUAUGCAGAUCUGCAUUCUUAUAAAAAUUCAAAUAAAUAAUGCAUCUUCAAACUCGGAGGUGAAAUACAAAACA